AUGGCAUCAGUUUCCGGCGCCUGUGUCAUUUCUAAAGUGUCGGGUCUUCUCCAGAUCAGGGAAGACACCGUGCCGUCCAAGCUCAUGUGGAAGGCCAUCGACCAGGACAAGUCAAUGGAGAUUCCUUUGAACAAGCUUUCCAAGUUGCAAGCGUCUCCCGACUCGUCGCCCAAGAUGCUUCUCAAGCUCUUCUACACGACCGCAGGCUCGCAGGAGGUCAAGGACAUCAAGCUCACGUUCAACAACCGCCAGACCAUGAACGCCGUCAAGGAAACGCUCCAGACCAUAGUGGCCAGGCAGAAAACGGUGAUUCGAGACAGCCCAGCGCCUGCGACGGAGUCUGGCACGGCGACUCCGGCCGGCGCAAGCGAGAAUCUGGCCCGGCUGACGCCGCAGCCUGGCGAUCCGCUCGACUUCUCGCACCCUGGCUCCCUCAGCGACGCCAGUCUUCUCAAGAACAGACAUCUCCAGCAGAAGCUUUUGCUCGAAGACAAGACGCUCCGCAACAUCUUCACGGAGUCGGUGAUCAACUUCAAGCUCUCGCCGGCGCUCUUCUGGUCCACGCGGACGGGCCAGCUCCGCACGUAUGCGCUCACCAUCUCGCAGCACAGAGGGCCCUACAAUGUUCUUUCUUCCAUCAAGCCUGUGGCCACGUCGGACAACCAGGUGAACGUGAACGUCACGCGAGACGUGAUCAACGAGAUCUUCACCACGUACCCGAUUAUUCGGCAUGCGUUUGACGAGUUGGUGCCGCACAAACUCAGCGAGGGCGAGUUUUGGUCUCGUUUCUUCAACUCCAAGCUUUUCCGCCGUCUCCGUGGCGACCGCAUCAACACGGCCAACACGAGGGGCGACGUGGUUAUCGACAAAUACUUGUAUGUGGACGCCGACUUUGUGGAGGAGGAGAAAAGCCUGGCAGGCGAAAACGACGCUUCCACACACCAUGUGGACCCGUUUCUAGACCUUCAGGCCAACGAGGAAGACAAUCCGCAGAAGCUCGGCCUCUUGCCCGACUUCACCAUGAAGUUCUCGGACGACGACAAGAACGGGCGCGAACAGCGGACGCUGGGCAGAAACGAGAACGAAAUGAUGAUUUUGAUGCGCAACAUGAAUACGCUCUCGAGCAAAAUGAUCAACAUCACCUCGGAGCAAGAGGCGCCGGCCGAGUCGGCGCAGCAGAUGCUCGCCGAGCACGAAAAGGAGUUGACCAUUUCCGACUUGAACGACGUCGAACAGCCCCACUAUGUGCCCUUGGAUCUAGACAUGAAUUCCAGACACGCAACGGACUCGGCAAAGACCGAAAACGCCGACAGCACGCCGCUUCUGCCCGAAGAAACACGCCAGCUCUGGCUUGCGAACGUUUUUGAGCCUACAGACACCGGCAUCAAUCUCAGUGAAACCUACGAGCGAGCAGAUGCCAUCGCCAAAGCCAAUGCAGACGUCACGGCGUUGGUGAAACACAAUUUCCGCGUGUUCAAGCUGGAGCACAACAUCAAGGACCCGAGCGCCGCCUUGAACUUCCUCCGGGAAGAAGAGAAGAAAGAGCUCACGACAUACAACAUGACCAUCACCGAGUUUCUUCUGCACUUCUGGAACUUGUUUCUCAACGGCGGCAAUCCGGCGCAAUUGAAGAAACUUUUCACGAAUCUACGCAACUGCCAGUCGCUACUAGAUAAGCUCGAGAAGAAAAUCACCGAGGAGCUCUCCAACCACGACCUGGUGAAGCUGAAUGAAAAACUACGGGAGAAGCUUACGAAAGACGUGGUCACGUGCCUCGCUCCCCUCAACGCCGGUCUCACGAAAGCCUGCAACGAGUACAUGGAGGCGUACCGGAAAAGCGACGCCGAAUCCAACGGCACUCCCGCCUCUGACGGCAACGGCCCUGCAAUAAACGAAAACGGCAAGAGACCUUUGCAAGUCUAG